AUGUCUCAAGACAACCAACCGGUCGUGCUCGCCGUUGACCAAGAUCCAGCGAAUGCGGUCCAAGAUGAAUCACAGUCAGAAAUUGGAAGCAGCGUUGCUUCAUCAAGCACUAGCCUUCGCGAGUCUAUUCUCGAGUACCGGCUCGAGAAUGGCAGAACCUACCACCGGUACAAAGAUGGAACCUAUAUCAUCCCCAAUGACGAUAGAGAGCUUGAAAGACUAGAUUUGACCCAUUCAAUGUGGCUUCUUGUCACGGACAACAAGCUUGGUGUUGCUCCACCGUGCCAACCCGGUGCUAAAGUCGGGCGAGUUCUCGAUGUAGGCACUGGCAGUGGUAUCUGGGCUCUCGAUUUUGGAGACGAGCACCCAGAAUCUGAGGUUCUUGCUUUUGAUCUCUCUCCGACUCUGCCUGCUUAUGUGCCUCCCAACGUCAGUUUCAAAGUGGACGAUGCCGAAGACCCGUGGGUGUACUCGCAGCCUUUCCAGUACAUUCACAGCAGAGUCAUUACUUCGGGCAUCAGCAGUUGGAAGAAGUAUCUGAAGAAAUGCUACGAAAACCUCGAGCCAGGCGGAUGGGUCGAACUGCAAGAAAUCGACCUUCACCCGACCUCCGACGACGGAACACUGAAGCCCGACUCCGCGCUGCUCAAGUGGGCCGACUUAUUACAAGAGGCUUCUGAGAAGUUCGGACGUCCCUUUGCCAAAGUUCCCCCGCUGAAAGAUAUCAUGGUGGAGGCUGGCUUUGUUGACGUCCAGAUGACGGUUACCCAAUGGCCGAGCAACUCGUGGCCAAAGGAGGCCAAAUGA